ACGACGCAUAUGAGUCGGGUCGGUUACCAUUACCACUAUCCAUUAUCACUCAUCAUCGGAUCAACGAAAGAACGGUGUGAGUGUAACGAGCAACGAAGCGGUAGCAACAUAUUGCGAAAGAAAUUCGAUUAAACGUAGACGCUUUGAUCGAUUUAAAGAAGACAGAAUGUCGAGUGCAACGGACGAAUGCAAACUAAAGGGUGGUCAUCCUCCGGCAGUGAAGGCGGGCGGCAUGAGGAUAACCCAACAUAAGACGCCAAAGGACGAGCGCGAGACGAAGUCUAGCAAGGAUGUCGAAGAGAGCAGACCGUCUAGCAGUCCGCCAAAGACGAUAAUGAUUAGCGGUGUUCCAGCUAAAGGGAAUGCCGAUUUUCCACCGGAAGCUGUGCAACACUUUCAUGAGAAGCCUACACCGACGCAUGAUGCACGACUAGCGCACUAUUCGCGUCCCAUUAUCAUUCAACAGCCCAGAAAAUAAAUUGCAUUUUGCAAAUCAUACAUUGAACUUGUGGACCUCGAUCCGCAGAGUUAUCCGUUGAGUUUACGCGAGAGAGAAAAUUAUAAUUAUAUAAAUAAGGAAUAUAAGUGUGUGUGUAUAUGUAUAUAUACACACGCACACAUACAUAUGUAUAAGCGUACUUAAAAAUCUUUAAAAAAGGUUAAAAUCGAAGAAUUUGGAUCUCGUACAGUAGUUUUGCGCUGCUCGAUUCUUAAUCUUUUAACCGAUGAUUAUUAUUCCUUUUAUAACUAAUUAACUCUAUAUAUAUACACACAUACAUAGAGAGGACGUCCAAUAAUAACCGCAUAAUCUCUCGUAUGCAAGUAGAGCAGAUAAAACCGAGGAGCAAAAUCUUUUGCGAUUUUUGUAACAAUUAUUAAGAAAAUAAUUUAAAAAGAUCAAUUAUAUCGCGCGGUAACCUCCUUGGUUUUACCUGCUCUAUCUGCAUAGAUCAGUUAUUAUCGGACACUCAAUAUAUAUAGAGUUAGAUUAACUAUCGGUUAAGAGAGUACGAUUUCAUAUAUUUAGGUAUUAACCAUCUUGUGAGAGAUUACUAUAUUGUUAACAAUGAAAAAAGAAAGUUUAUUUUUUUGAACGCCAUAAGAUUCCUGCAUCGGCAUUUAAAGAGCUUUUGCGAGUAUAUUUUUAACUUGUUAUUAUUUUUAUUUUAUUAUUUCUUCUUACAGAGCGCUUACAGUUUGCUAUAAUUAGAUAUUGUUGUAACACAAUUACGCAACAUGAUCACUAUUUUUGGGACCAGUACAUACCGCAAUUCAUGAUAGAAUUUUUGCAUUUAGUUGCAUUUGCAACUUUGUGCAAUCUUUUUUCUUUUUAUUUUAAUAUCCACCUGACCAGAAGAAAUUCAGAACAUGUUAAUAUUAUUUUGAAUUUCAGGGAAUUGAAAUGUUUUGUUAAUGUAAAUAUCAAGACUAUAAAUGUCGAGUGAGAUUCGUAAUUGGCGACAGUUUGUAAUAACACUUCAGAAAGAAUAAAUAUUCGUAUAUAUACGAAACUAA